AUGUGGUGCUUGGCCGCGAUUCCAAUCAAGUGGGCCAUCUGUUUUACUCUGCUGCGAAUCGCCAACGGACAGAAACUCUACGUUAUUCCUAUAUAUGGCUGUAUGGCAGCCGUCGCCCUCGUAAUGGCAUCGACUACGAUAUACGAGUUCUUCCAUUGCACGCCCGUGGCGAUGAAUUGGAAAGCCGUGGAAGGAGGUCACUGCAAUGCGCAAAGCAACAUCACCGGGUUUAGUUUUGCUCUAUCCGCCGUAUCGAUUUUCACCGAUUGGUUCUGCGCAUUAAUCCCAGUUCCUCUGCUUUGGAAGGUUCAGAUGGAUAAGAGAAUCAAGAUUUCCGUCAUGGGUCUCCUCAGUCUGGGUGUCUUCGCGUCCAUCGCUCCUCUCGUUCGUCUUUCGAUCACGGUCAAUCUAAGCUCAACGGUCGACUUCCUCUAUCACGCAAUGGACGUUGCCGCGUGGGCACAAGCCGAGCUUGGUAUGGGAGUAAUUGUUGCCAACCUGCCUGCUCUGCGUCCCCUCCUGGAGAAGAUCCUCUCGAUGCGCUCCACCAUCCGCAGCGACAAGCGCAGCAAGCAAAAGUCAACAGAUCGUUACUUGGAGCUUGAGGAGGGCGUUCGCAGCCGGAAUAUGCAUUCCAAAACUUCCACGGCAAAGGGCAUGGAGACGCGGGUAUACGGCGGACAACUGGGCGACAGCAGUUCCUCGCUGGAAGACGACCACAGCCAGAAGAACAUUGUCGCUCAUCAGCAGGGCGCACCACAGCAGCCUCUCCAUGGCAUCCAGGUUGACCGCCGCGUCGAUGUCGAGAUCAGCCCGGGUCAGUUCAACGCCCAAUGA